UUCAAGAGCCAUUGUAACGGUUGUCUGUGUUCAUUUGUUUAAUUUAGAUGGUUAAAAUAGCCUGUCGGAUAUUUAUUUUAAUUAGUUACAUAUUGAGCUAUUAUAUCACAAAAUAACUGUUCCUGUUUCAAGUUUAUUUUAUUUUCGUUGUUUCUCGUUGUAAUAAGCGAAACGAGUCGUUUGUUCUGUGGAAUUAUGGGUGACAUAAAUAGCAAGAGUUGUAUCGAUGCCCUUCAAGGAGCAAAUUUGAUACAAUCAACUCAGAAUCAAGCCGCGGGUAAAAACAAUAUUGUUGUCGUCAAUCCCGAAAUACACCUUCACAGCAACAAUGGACACGGCACUUCUGAGUCUAUGAACAAUGACAGAAGACGCAUAAAGGAACUGGAAAACGAAUUGAAAGUAAAACAGGAUCAAAUCGACCUGGAAAGAGGACGUCGUCUAUUAGAGGAGCGUGAACGCUGUGCCGAAAAUAUCAGAGUCAAUAAACUGUUACAUGAAAAGGAAAACCAAAUCCUAGAGCAACAUGAUCUCCUUAGUUGGCAUACUGAUAUUGUAAAAGAGAAAAGGGCGUGUCUGGGUGAGGCGUACCCGGCGUAUCUGUAUGGACAAAGCGAAAAACGAUUUCGUAUGGACCAUGGGACCGCAGAUGGUUUUCAGCAAGCAAACAAAAAACGAAAGAACAAGAAAAGGAAACGUUCACAACAGUUUAACCGAUCGUUGACCACUAACUAUUCUAAUGGAAAUGCACACAACUAUCAUGGUCAACGGAUUCGGUCGAAAACGGAAAUCAAUUUUAGAAAUGAUCCAAUGGAAUCAUGGGAAUGGAAUGGAACGAAAUGGAUUAUGAUAAAAGCAAAUGGCUCUGCACCAAAUGAUCCAAAAUCCAGCGAAACUAGCAGUGAACAACAAAAGCAAAAUUCGAUUCAAACGAUCGAUCAUUCGACAGGCAAAACAUGUGACGCUGGAUCUUCUAAUGGAAAAUUACAAACGGUUGUUCCGUUGGCGAGGAAAAUGUGUGACGCAAGACCAUCUGUUCAACCAUUACAAACGGACGUUACUUUAACGAACAAAGCGAGUGACAAUGAUAAAUUAGAACUACCGAGUAAAUUGUGCGAAGAAGCGUCGAAUAUCGUGCAUUGUUUGGAUGACACUAGUGAUAAGAGGUUGGAUGUAACGAAUUUAAGUCAUCAACAAGUUGCUGUAAUGGAAAUAAGCGUUCCUUCAGACAUUUCCAUUUCGUUUGACGAACGAGAAAUUUCUAGAUUUGUGGACAAUGACGUUACAUUAUUUGCCAUGCCUAAGAGAACUAGGCAACUGAAAUGAAGUAAUUUUUGCUAUCCACACAAUAUUCCCAUUUUCCUAUUUAUUAUAUUUUUAGCAAUUAUCUACUUAAGUAGCUCUUAGCAAUUUACAAUCAAAAAUAAAUGUCUUUUAGAACCAAA